AUGCUUGUUCUCUAUGGAAGUGAGACGGGAAACGCAGCAGAGCUUGCCGAGGUCUUAGGUGACCGCAUUCGCCGCAUGCAAAUCGACUGCAAAGUGCUACCGUUCGGAAUGGUGUCGGUUUCGGACUUGCAGGCAAACAAGUACGUAUUUGUAGUGUGCUCCACGACUGGUCAAGGUGUGCUACCGGGAAACGCGUAUCCGCUAUGGACUGAGCUUCUCAAAGCAUCUUUGGCCCGAGAUACCUUGCAGUCUGUCAGGUUCGGUGCCUUUGGUGUUGGUGAUAAUGCGUACAAACAGUUUAACUGGGCCAUUCGGAAAAUCUACACGAGGUUUGUUCAACUGGGUGCUACGUCCUUUGUCGCUAGAAGUGAGGGCGACGAGCAAAACCCCGAUGGCGUCGAAAUUGUGUUUGAUCAAUGGAUGGACAACGCUCUGCAGGUUCUGGCUACUGAACUGAAAAUUGAAGAUAUUCUCCCCGUGACGGCACAGCUCCCGCCAAAAUACAAAAUCUGCUUUGGAACGUCUCCCAAAGUCGACAAAGCCCUUUUGAAAGCCAAAGUGGCCGCCAAUGAUCGGAUUACGGCCCCUGAUCAUUUCCAAGAUGUGCGCCACAUCAAGCUUGAUCCUGAGCAUCCCGUCAAGUAUGAGCCAGGAGCAGUUGCAUAUUUGUACCCAAGCAAUGUAUCUGUUCAUGUUGACGCUUUACUUGAUUAUCAAGGGUGGAAUGAUAUCGCCGACAAAGAGCUUCAUGUGGACGAAAAAUGGGUAGAACUACUUUCGAGGCCUUUAGUUCAACCAGUCACCCUGAGAUCACUCUUCACAUGGCAUCUUGACUUGAACGGUAUUCCUCGUCGGUCAUUCUUCAAGCUGGCCUCUAACUUUUGCAGCGGCAACGAAGCUGAGCGGUUGGCUGAAUUUGCAACAACAGAAGGUAUUGACGACCUUUAUAAUUAUGCAAAUCGACCAAGACGCUCGGUAAUAGAAACAAUCCUGGAGUUUGAAUCCAUAAAAAUUCCGUUCGAGUAUAUCCUGGAUCUGUUUCCUCUUAUCUGGCCCCGCGCAUUUUCCAUUGCAUCUCCCACAAACCAGCCUACUAUUGAGCUGUGUGUGGCACUGGUAAAGUAUAAGACUAUCCUAAAGCGAGGACGUAAAGGACUUUGCUCGAGAUACAUUGAAACUUUGCUGCCCGGUGAUGAAAUUGGAAUCACUAUAGAGCCCGCCCCCAUUUCGAUUGAAUCCAAGCUUCAAGCAGAUCAAGCAGUAAUAUUAGUCGCUGCAGGGACGGGUAUCGCCCCAGUGCGGAGUUUGUUACACACUCUCAAAAACCACAAAGCUCCAAUUUUCUUAUUUUUUGGUUGUCGUUUUGAACAUAAAGAUUAUUUAUACGGCGAGGAAUGGAAACAAAUGGCUGAAGCGACUGAUCUCACCGUGUUCAAUGCAUUUUCACGUGAAGGCGGUGGCUAUGUCCAAAACCAAAUCGAGGCUGCUGCCGAAAAGAUCACAGCAUAUCUGCCGACAGCUUUGGUCUACCUGUGCGGAUCUUCAGGAAGUAUGCCACGAGCUGUCCGAGAAGCGUUUGUGGACGUUUUGAAACGCACUCGUCAUUUAGAUGAGGAAACUGCUGCUAAAGUAAUGGCCUACAAAGAAAAGCAUCGGACUUUUAUCGAAGAAACAUGGUAA